CUGGCACUGCCUCGAGCCACUCACUUGUCCGACUCCGAGUUGGACCAUGGAAAACAAGGCCGGGUCUUCAGAAAUCAUUGAUGAAGAGCUCCUUUUCUGCGCGGGAGUCGUCCAUUUAUGUUAUGCAUGCACUCCACCCGAAGAGACACUGAGCUGGGGCCCGGUGACAGCCCCUCUUCGAGUCGCGGACUUCGUACAAGAAGAUAGGACUUUGGUCAAUUCUCUGAACCGUUCCCUUCUCGUGGGGAGUGUUAGGCUGGAUGGGCUCUGUCACCAAAAACACUUCACCUUGAGAGUCAAGCUGGUGCCAAUCGACUUGCCCAAUCAGAGCAACAGAAGGCGCAGCCUUCGUUUACCAAUUGAGAGGCGCAACCAAGGCCGGGACAUAGAGCUUAUAUUGUCUCGGACUGCCAGGUCACAACCUGAUUGGGAUGGGCUUGCCAUUUCCGCCCCUAGUUUUUUGCAUGAAGAUGAAGAUGGCGACCAUAGGACACUCUCAGAAAUUUUCUCUAGUUUGCCUUCCCCCAUUGUUGAUGAUGCUUUUCUGAGUGAGGCAUCCCGCCGACUUAUCCAAUCCAUAUCACACCACACAAUCCCUGGAUUUAGGUCACGAACGAGGCUGUACCCUUACCAGAGACGCACCCUAGCACGUCUGUUGCACCAGGAAAUGGAUUCUAAACCUCAUAUCGACCCAACCUUGAUCAAGCUAUCGUCCUCACCAUCCAAGUCGGGUCCCCAAGAAAGAUCUUCCCAACUGUUUUAUCUUGACCCGGUGGAUUUCAUCCUCAGGAAAACCCCUGAUCUGUACGUUUGCUCAAAGGGUGGUAUACUUGCUGAGGAACUUGGGAUGGGGAAGACAGUCAUCGUGCUUGCUCUGAUCCUCAGUACUAGAGAUGAUUUCCCAGAACUGCCGCGAGACACCAUCCACUUAUGUGAACCCCUGUGGACGCCGGCUUUGCACAAAUACUCAGCCCCCCUCCAUUCUCCGACGCCAAAAACGAACAUCCCCAGUCUUACUGACAUGGUUCUGCAUAAGAUCAGAACGUCGGAUUUGAGGUGCCUCCCCUGGGACGAGCUCCUGCCAGAGCAUCUUUAUCGUGUUCUUCUGAAAAAUGUGCCGUUUACUUGGGAAACCAACGAGAAAGACUUGCAACUCUCUGGCUUCGCUCAGUCCUCGCGGAUUGAAGGACAGCGGAAGGCUUCAGUCGAUCCGCAUCGUACAGAAAACCAGAGUAAUUCACUUCAAUGCACCACUCGCGGGAGGAUUUUCAUAUCAAAGGCUACACUAGUCGUUGUCCCCGUUAUGCUACUGAAGCAGUGGGAGGGUGAAAUAAUGAAGCACACUGAGGAUGGCGCGCUCAGUGUCCUCACAAUUAGGAACAGGGGGGAUGUUCCGACGGUGGAAGAUCUCUCAAGUUACUACGAUGUUGUGCUAAUCAAUGACCAUGUUUUUCCCGUCGUAAUGAAGGAAACUUCACGUUGUGAUUGUCCAGCCUCCCACCCUUGCCCAUCGCCGUUCCUCCACAUUCGUUGGAAAAGGCUGGUCAUCGAUGAAGGAAAUAUCUGUGCACAUCAUUCGCAGCUUGUGGAACAAUUGGCUAGUUUGAAUACCGAGCGAAGAUGGAUCGUUACAGGAACACCGACUGCUAAUUUAGUCGGAGGAAACGUUGGAAUGAAGCACGAUGUUGCCGAGAUCACUGAGACUCGUCCUGAAUCCUUAUCCCCUCGCACAGCACAUCGCAUCUGGUCACAGAUGGACCGGGCAGACAUCAACAAACUUGGUGUUAUGACUGGGUCGUUUUUAUGCACCCCACCCUUUCACCGGACAAUGGAAGGUUCAAGCGGACUGGCCACGUUCCGCGAAAGGGUCAUCGAGCCGCUUUUUACUAGCAGGGGUUCAAAAUGGGGUUCUCGUAAGGUGUUGGAACAAGUUAUGAGCCUGGUGAUAGUAAGACACAGAGCAGAGGAUUUAGAUCACGAGUUGGAUUUGCCUCCAUACACACACUCUACAAUUCUUCUUGAUUUGGAUUAUUACGCCGCUAAAACCUAUAACAUGAUGCAAACUGCCAUUGCCGUGAAUGCAGUGGACAGUGAGAGAACUGGACCGGAUUACUUGUUUAGCCCUUCGGGUAUCGGUUACUUAAGGGGGCUGACGGAGAAUAUCACUCAAUCCCUCUUUUGGCAUUUCGACGAGGAUCUUUUUGAUGUGGACAAAGCAAUUCAGCGUACACUGAAGGCAAUAGAGACGGCCAAACAGCGAUCACUUAGUGCUGAUGAUCAAGCAUUGUUAUUGGACGCACUCAAAUACCAACAGGAAGCGGCACAGGACCAGUUCUGGCGUAAAAUGAUGGCCCGCGAUGACAUCCCAUUCAGAGUCUACUCGCUACCCAUCAGUGCCACUAAAGUCCUGAGCAAACCGUACUAUGGUGGAGGGCAUAACCCCUCUAUGAAUAAUAGCGACACAGGAGAACACUCUGAGAUAGCAGCCCGUCCCUAUCCAUCUAGUUCCGCCAUGUCGGCGGAUAUAUUAUGCCCCUCAAGCCUUACUAUUAUCAGGAAGACUGUUCAGCAAUAUGGUCCUCUCAUACCUUUAUCGCGCAUCAUUACCGCGCAGUUGCAUGAUUUGGGACAACGGCGCGUUGCCUCUCAAAAGCCGGGCUCUACCGCGAUCUCACCAAACAAGAAGUCCGCAGAAAAACCUCAGGGAGUACCUCUUGUUGGAUUGGCAAUGGGUUCUGCAACACCUGCCUCUCGCAAGCGGACAGACCGCAAGAUACAUUCCACUGUCAACACAUCCAAGCCUAUCGAAGUGAUUAACAUGGAACUUAAUACUUCCUUGCACAACGAAAUGCAAUUAGAACCCAACGACCCCGAGCUUAUGACCGAGGUCUCUUUUGGUUCAACUGUGAUCGGCCCUUCAGGCUCUACGAAGCUUGACUACAUUUUGUCUGAGGUUGUCAUGCACUCACCUACCGAAAAAAUUCUAAUAUUUUCCGCAAUGCCCAUGACACUCGCCCACAUUUCGGAAGCCCUCAAGAUGAUUGGCACCGAUUUCCUUGAAUUCAAGUUCGGAAAGACACGCUAUGAAAGGGAGCAGAUUGUGACUACUUUUAAAACCUCUGACAGUGCUCGUGUCCUACUAAUGGAACUGAAGGACGGUGCCCGGGGCCUGAACAUCACUGAGGCCUCACGCAUCAUCUUCUGCGAGCCAGUGUGGACACUAGAUGUGCAAACUCAGGCCAUCAAGCGUGCACACCGUAUCGGUCAAACGAAGCCUAUCACGGUGAAGACGCUCGCUAUCCGUUCGACAGUCGAAGAGGAGAUCAUGAAACGGCGGCAGCCCGGGAAUAAUUCAAAAGACGUCUGUGCUGACGAAGGAAUGCGCGGCUUUAUCAAGAAUCCGAAAUUCAUUGGUUAUCGAACCAUUCACCAUGCACUAGAGUCCGGUUUCCCCCUGCUCGAUGCUGUGUCUAGAACUAUUCCACGUGCUCUGCCAGCGAAAGGGGGUCUAAAACGUAAAAUCGAAGGAGAGGAUAAAUUAGGAAUGAAACCCAAGAAACGAGCCACUCUGCGCUUCGCUGAUGAGUAAGU